AUGUCUCCCUUGGUCCCUUCCGGACUCGAAGCCAUCCGUCCGUUUGCUCCCGUCGACGCCAUCGGCACGAGCGAAACCCCGGCUGGAAAUCGAGCCGCCGAGGAGUGUACUGAUCCAGCGUGUGCCUACGUCAAGGCCCUGAACGACCCGAAUCCAAUCACGCAUCACACGGUGCAUCACACGUACAGAGGCGAAGACAUCGACCACAUUCUUGCCCACUUGUGGGGGGUUUUGAAGGUCGGACCGCCUAGCCCGCCGUCAAUGACUACUAUUCCGGCCUGCAUGGCGCCGCCGCAACCGAGACACAGCAGCUGGUGCGACAAGGCGCUGGGUCUGAGGUGCUCCACGGCGACACCUGGUGAGCGGUUCCUGGUGAGCGAGAGUGGGAAUGAAGCGGAGUCGGGGCACAGUGGAUGGGAUGUGGUUGACGAGACCAUUACUGGAGGUCUCACCCCGCUGCCGUGGACCCAUCAUCCGAUGGACGACUCGCCUUCACGGGCGGAGAGGAAUGAGUGGCAAGUCUACCCCGAGGAACAGCGCAGUCAAAUCAACAGAUUUGACCGGCGAACCCCGACCGGCCCCAAGCAGGUUCCCGCUUCGCUGCUCCGCGCCGCCUGUCCGUACAUCCCCGCGCUCGACCCGCGGUACUUUCAGGCGGAGCGGUUCUCGGGCCCCAGCCAUCCCUUGCCCGUUCCGCCGCAGCACAGCUGGACGCUUCCGCGCGGAAUAACUCUGGGGCUGCACCCGCGGCCGCGGACCGAGUACGCCACCUACUUCGACUCAUUCGGGGCGUCACUCGACACCUGGCCGAGUUCGCGGUUCGGGCGGGCGAGCCUCAAGAACUCGCGCGGGGUCUUCCUGAAGCCGAUUCCGGUGACGGCCACGCUCGCCGCCAUCUGCGACAACAUCCGCGGGGGCGCGCUGGAGCGCGUCGAUUUCCACGACUACCAGGGCCGCACGUGCGUCGGCGCGUUCUUCGUCGUCGCGGAAGAGGCCGCCAAGUACGUCAAGUUCUGUAGGGAGCAGGGCGGCGUCUACUGGGCGCACAAUGGCAUAGUCAGCACGGUUGAGGCCAUCCCCCGUGCCAAGGGAGGUCAUGAACCUAUCAAGGUCGAUGUUUCCCGCGGGAUCCUGCGCGAGGGCGCCACGCGAUGCCUCAGGGUCUGCAAUCUGCCGAACACCGUCGACGUCGAGCUGCUGAAGUUCCAGGUCAGGACGCAGUCCAGGAACGUCCUGGCUGAGGUCGAGAGCUUGCGUCUCAUCCCCGAGACUAACCUGGCGGCGCCGACGUUCACUAUGUUCCUGAAUAUGGCGACGAUCGGGACGGCGCUCGGCGCGAAACUCAGGUUGCAGAGUCUCAAGUACUAUGCUGAUUGCAGCUUCGAGUUCCUCCCCGAUCCGGUUGAGGGCUCCCUGGAAGACUUAGGCUACACGUGGGCGUGCGAGCGCUACUGGGAUCAGUUGAAGUUCUGGGACAAUAGAGAGGCUGGAGAGACCGGAGAGACCGGAGAGACCGAAGAGACUUGA